UAAUAACCGUGCUGGUGGUGGAGGGGAUCGCCGUGGCCCAGAAGACCCAAGGUGGACAGAACAUUGGAAUCAAGCACAUGCCCGCCACCCAGUGCGGCAUUUGGGUUCGAACCAGCAAUGGGGGCCACUUUGCUUCCCCAAAUUAUCCUGACUCAUACCCGCCAAACAAGGAAUGCAUCUACAUUUUGGAAGCUGCCCCCCGCCAGAGGGUAGAGCUGACCUUCGACGAACACUUCUACAUAGAACCGUCUUUCGAAUGUCGCUUCGAUCACCUGGAAGUUCGGGACGGGCCGUUUGGCUUCUCUCCGCUCAUCGAUCGGUUCUGCGGCGUGAAGAGCCCUCCGCUGAUCAGAUCCACAGGGCGGUUCAUGUGGGUCAAGUUCAGUUCUGACGAAGAGCUCGAAGGACUGGGGUUUCGAGCAAAGUACUCGUUCAUUCCAGAUUGCCAGUUCGAGCUCUCGGGAGCGGAUGGGAUAGUGCGAUCCAGUCAGGUGGAACAGGAGGAGAAGACGAAGCCCGGCCAAGCGGUGGACUGCAUAUGGACAAUCAGGGCUACUCCGAAGGCCAAGAUCUAUUUGAGGUUCCUAGACUAUCAGAUGGAGCACUCCAACGAGUGCAAGAGAAACUUCGUCGCCGUCUAUGACGGAAGCAGUUCCAUUGAAAACCUGAAGGCCAAGUUCUGCAGCACGGUGGCCAAUGACGUCAUGCUCAAAACAGGAGUCGGCGUGGUCCGCAUGUGGGCGGACGAAGGCAGCCGGCUCAGCAGGUUCAGAAUGCUCUUCACCUCCUUUGUGGAGCCUCCCUGCACGGGCAGCACUUUCUUCUGCCACAGCAACAUGUGCAUCAACAACUCCUUGGUCUGCAACGGGGUGCAGAACUGCGCGUACCCCUGGGACGAAAACCACUGCAAAGAAAAGAAAAAGGCAGGACUAUUUGAACAACUCACUCGGACUCACGGGACAAUCAUCGGCAUCACGUCGGGGGUCGUCUUGGUCCUUCUCAUCAUUUCUAUUCUAGUGCAAGUGAAGCAGCCUCGGAAGAAGGUCAUGGCUUGCAAAGCUGCCUUCAAUAAGACUGGGUUCCAGGAGGUGUUCGACCCGCCGCACUACGAGCUGUUCUCCCUGCGGGACAAGGAGCUGUCCUCGGACCUGGCCGACCUGUCGGAGGAGCUGGACGGCUACCAGAAGCUGCGCCGCUCGUCCUCCGCCUCCCGCUGCGUGCACGACCAUCACUGCGGGUCGCAGGCCGCCAGCGGCAAGCAGAGCCGGACCAACCUCGCCUCCGUGGAGCUGCCCUUCCGCAACGACUUUGCACAACCACAGCCCAUGAAAACGUUCAACAGCACCUUCAAAAAGAGUAGCUACACGUUCAAGCAGGCGCACGAGUGCCCCGAGCAGGCCCUGGAAGACAGAGUGAUGGAGGAGAUCCCGUGCGAAAUCUACGUCCGGGGCCGAGAAGAUUCCGCACAGGCGUCCAUCUCCAUCGACUUCUAACCUCCCCCUGCAGACGACCCCCGGUCGCCAAGGACGUGUGUCCGCAGCCUCCAGGGCACCCAGCGUCUUCAGCGGCCAGCCCUUUGCUCCUGUCCAAUCUGCAGAGCCUUUCACGUCCCGGCCACCUGUUGUAACAGUGACGUUUUUAUGAUCUCAGGCAGUUGUGUAUGUUGAGCCA